AUGUAUAUGAGGCAAUAUAGUUUCCUGUUCAUUAUUGUGGUUUAUGUGUUUGCUGAAAGCGAUGAUUUAUACGAAAGGUUACAUGUGUCUCGUUCGGCUACAUUAAAAGAAAUUAAAUCAGCUUACAGACGCGAAGCAACUAAAUGGCAUCCUGAUAAGAAUCGUGGCGAAAAUGCAGAGAAAAUCUUUAUUGAAAUAACAAAAGCAUAUGAGGUCUUAUCAAAUCCUCGUAAACGCGCGAAAUAUGAUGCCUAUGGCGUAUAUGAUCUCGAAGAAGAUAAACAUAACGAAAAUCGAUCACCAACACCUCGAGAUAUAUUUGCUUACUUUUUUGGUGCACACUUUUCUCCAUUCGGUCAAUUUCAAAUGGACGAAAAUGUACAAAUUGUAAACUUCCACAAAUACCGUGAGACCUUUCUUCCGACAAGUCGUUCAGCUCCACUUUUGCUUCUUGGAAUUUCUCACUUUUGCUUUCUCUGUCGGCAAAUUCAACCCCUCUGGUCAAAACUGGCAAAUCGUUAUUCUGACUUGGGGAUUAAUUUUGGCAUCGCUAAUAUACAAGAUGAUCAAGCUCUUAGGGAAGAGCUCAAUGUUUUACACUCUCCAAGUAUUCUUGUAGUUGUUGACAGGAAGCCAACUUAUUUUAUGAGCUCGGAGUUUACUGAAGAUGCUGUAGUCGAAUUUAUUGUCGGGGCUCUUCUUGAUACAGGUCCACUACGCUCUUCCCCUUUAUUAGAAUUGGAUAAGACUGUUCUGGCUACGCCUCUAAUCACGUUUAUCAAAAGCGAAAUGGAUUUAUACACAUUCCUGAGUGGAUACACCGAAGAUAGCAAACCUAGAACUCUGCUUUUUGAUGCUGUGACUCGACCAUCCCUGCGGUUAUGUCUUGCAGCAUUUCGGGCCUUGGAUCACCAGGCCACAGGAUUCAUUGACACACGAAGUGAAGGCACUAAGUCAAUUCUUCGUAGAUUUGGUUUAGCGGAAAACCAGGUAGGUCAUCUGCCUUUUAUGGUUAUCUUCUUAUUAUUGCUAUUAUUAUUAUUUUAUGUGAGUUAUUUGCCCACCAAUUAA